AUCUCAUUACAAGAUCAAAUAAUCCAGAAUCAGAAGCUAGAAGCACAAGUACAAAAAGUGAUAAUGAAACCUCUACUAUCAAAAAAACUAAGCUUAGUCGAAGAGUUAAUAUUGAAGUCAUAUAUGCCAUUUGUCAAGUAUUAAAUGAUUUAGAUAAAGAAUGUUGUAAAUUUAAAUUAAAAAUUUCAAGUAGCUCAACAUCAAAUUUAAUAAUCUACCUCUUAAGCACUUAUGGUAUUAUAUUGAAUAGGUCUAGAUUAUCUGGACCAGAUAGUGAUAAUAACAAGAAUAAUAAGCUCACCAUAACUCUCAUUAAAUUUAUUAUAUAUGGUGCCUAA